GCGACUAUACCUGAGCAACCCAUGGCCUUCCCUCAAAAAAAGUCGGAUAUUCAAGAAAGGGGAAAAAUAAAACAAGCUCAGAAAGGAAUGAAAAAAUGUCUGUCUAAUCCAAUUCUCACUCCUGUUAGUGACGGAUUCCCCACUGAAAAUUGGGAUGGUGAAUGGACAGCACCAAAGAAAAUUAUAGAGGAAAGGUCGUUACCGGUGAGGGUCAGAAGGAGUGCAACGCCGAAAGAAGUGGAUCGUGCUCCACCGCCGAGCAAAACUGCACAGAUCUUCAAGACUCCGGAAAACACGCAUGGAUUGAAACUCACCGAAAAGUCGUUGACUCCUAUGGAGAAGACUCCAAAGAAGGAAAAACCGAGCCAAGUUUGGCGGGGCGAGAAAAUUAUUGGGCCUCCAGAAAAUAUCGGGAAUAUUGCAGCGAAAUGCUUAUCUGAUCCGAUUGUUACCCCUGUCACUGACGAGUUCCCUUCUGAAAAUACUGAAGGACAAUGGAUUGCUCCAAAUUUUUUGAAAGCUACAAAACAACGGCCUCUCGUACAAAUAACUGAUCACGCAGAUAAAAUCAGUCACAAGCGAAUCAUCUCUAAUCCUAUUGUGACUCCAUGUACAGAUGAAUAUCCUAGCGAAGGAGAUAAAAGUGAACUACAAAAGUUUAAAUCCGAGGAGAAACUUGCGAAAUCCGAACAAGCAAAUAUACAGCGUUCUCCCGUCUUCUCCAUAAACGAUGCAACACACAAGGACAAUCGGGAAGUUACUGAAAGGUGGAUGAAAGAUCAGAUGGAUUUGAUAAGAUCACUGAGCGGUUCGCAAUCAAGCAUAUUUUCAACCAAAGACGACGAAACUUCAAAAAAAGAGAAAAAAGUUGACUUAACAGUGACAGCUACAGACAGGACGGAAAGUUGUAACGUGUCUUCACCAAGUACACCUUUCGGGAGCAACGAAUUCGCUGCAAGCAGAGAACACAUAUUGCAUAGAAAAGAAAAGGCAUGGGCUAAGAGAUCGAAAGGACAUGAGACACAGAGAGUAUCCGCAGGGAAAAGGGACAAGAAGAAGAAUGUUUUUGGAACUGUCACAAAGUUCAUAAAAGCAGUCUCGAAACGUGCAAGACAUAAAAGAUCGCCAAGCGAAAACUAAGCCGAAGAAAUGACUUACUUUUGUACCAGUAGCUUAC